AUGAGCUCAGAGUCAACAUCUGACGUCGCCAAGCGCAGAUCCUUCAACGAGAAGGAAAACAGGGAGAACCAUGGCGUGUCGGUGUCGACUAGAGAGGUUGAUACGGGUGCGCAGCUCGCGGCUGGAUUGGAAGGAGAGCUAGAACCAGAAGAGGCGUUGCGGAUCCGACGGAAGAUCGACUGGCAUAUUCUGCCGAUGAUGUUCAUGCUAUAUUGGGUCCAAUUCAUGGACAAGACAACGCUUGGCAGCUCGGCUAUCUUGGGUAUUGAACAGGAUACACAUCUAUCAACCACAGAAUACAACUGGCUAGGAACAGUGUUCUACCUCAGCUACCUGGUGUUCGAGUACCCGCAGAAUCUGGCCCUGCAGAAGUUCCCCGUCGGCAAAUGGAUGAGUAUCAACAUAUUCACUUGGAGUGUGGCUCUGGCAUGCCACGCGGCAUGCACGAACUUUGCAGGUCUCCUGGUCGUGCGACUCAUCCUGGGCAUAUGUGAGGGCUCGAUAACGGCCGGCUUCAUGAUUGUCAGCUCGAUGUUUUACACCCGGAAUGAGCAGACGCUGCGUGUCGGUCCUGAUGAAUGGGACGGCUUUGGGUCUCUACACAUCCAGACAAAUGGAUUCCGGCCGUGGCAGUGGUAUGUUCAUCUCCACUCGCACGCUCCCGGGGAUAUAGACUCUGAUCUUCCUAGGUUGAUGAUCAUCACCGGCGUCAUCACGUUCAUACUGUCUGUUUGCUACUGGUUCUUCUUCCCCGACUCGCCCACGAACGCGUGGUUCUUGACUAAGGAAGAGCGUGUCAAAGCAGUGCAGAGAAUCAAGGAAAACCAAACUGGUGUCGAGAACAAGCACUUUAAGAUGGACCAGUAUGUCUUUAGUCACGGUAAUCGUCUCUUCUGCCUUUUGAACUCCAUUACUAGGAUGAUUGAAGCCUUGCGAGACCCGAAAACGUGGAUCUUCGCACUGUUCUCCGCGCUUGACAACGUUCCAAACUCUCUCACGAACCAGCAGCAGCUCAUCAUGGCCUCGUUUGGGUUUUCGGAUCUGCAGACGACGCUUUUGAGCUGUGUCUCUGGUGUCGUCGAAAUCUGCACGAUAUGGACGGGCGUGAAAAUCGCCUCACGCUGGCCUAACUCACGGGCAUACGUUGGCGCAAUCUAUUUCAUUCCGACAUUGAUUGCCAUAGUGUUGCUGAACCUGUUGCCGUGGAAAGACAAGGUUGGACUGUUGUUCUGUCAAUGGGCGACAGGGAUCAACACCACGGGGUUCGUCAUUGCCUUAUCAUGGAUCGGGAAUGUGACGUCCGGACACACCAAGAAGGUGGUCACAAAUGCCAUCAUGCUCUCGGCGUACUGUAUCGGCAACGCUGCUGGGCCGUUUAUGUGGCUCCAGAAGUACAAGCCUCGUAACCACGUCCCAUGGAUCGUCAUCGCCGUGUGCGACAUCGCAUGCCCGCUGCUACUCCUUCUCUUGCGUUUUCUCUUGGCUCGCGAGAACAAGCGGCGCGAUGUGGAGCCCGCAGACGAUACGUACGACGAGGUAUAUAUUGAGCGUGUUAACGAGGAUGGAAAGGUCGAGCAAGUGAGGGUGGACAAGGAAUUCCUCGAUUUAACGGACAGGCAAAAUCGGGACUUUAGAUACGUUCUGUAA